CACGGAGCCACACCCAUGGCCACGACGCUCCAGAAGGCGUUCUUGGCUGGCAUCUACGCGCUCUUUCCGGGCUUCGUAUGCCUCCUUGCGUUCAUUGCAUCGCGGCUGCCGCCCUUUGGCGCGCUGCUCGUCUUCGCGCUUUUUGUCCACGCCAAUCUAGUUGACCGCGCCGCGUACAACGGCAGAGGCCGCGUCGUGCGCUUCUUGCGCACCACUUGGCUCUGGGACUACGCGCGCCUCUACUUUCCGCACACGCUGCACCAAGACGACGAGUUGGAUGCGACCAAGAACUACUUUUUCAUCGCGCAUCCGCACGGCAUCAUUGGCAUAAGCAUCUGGAUGGCCUUUGGCGGCGACUCGAUUCACUUUUCGCGUAAGAACAAAGAUUUGGACAUUGCGCUCGCGACGGUCGGGUUGAACUUUCGUGUCCCGCUCUGGAAAGAUUUGCUGCUCGCCCUGGGCUUUGUCGAUGCGAGCUACAAGUCGCUUUCGAACGUGCUUGGCUGCGGCCGGUCGGCCUGCCUCGUGGUCGGCGGUGCCCAAGAGGCGCUCGAGUCGCACCCUGGCACCAACCGGCUCGUCCUCAACCGCCGCAAAGGCUUUGUCAAACUAGCGCUGCAGCACGGCGUGCCCCUCGUGCCUGUCUAUACGUUUGGCGAGACGGACCUCUUCACGCAGGUGGCCAACCCGGUGGGGUCAGUGCUCCGGACCGUCCAAGAGAAGCUUCUCAAGACCUUUACGUUUUCGAUGCCGUGCGUCACGAGCGGCCCGCUGCCGAUGAGCACGCCGCUGUAUACUGUCGUCGGGUCGCCGGUCGAGGUGCCCAAGCGGGCGGCACCGACGCAGACCGAGAUCGAUCUCUACCACGCCAAGUACGUUGACGCGGUCAAGGCGCUCUUCAACGAGCACCAACAUUCAUUUUACAAGGGCAAAGCUGGCGCCGACCUCGAGAUUGUGCUUUGAGUCGACAGCGAGGACGACGACUUAGUAGACGAACUCUAAUGGAAACAGAGCUCUGCACUUUCCUUCCGGA